AAGGUAUAUGUAUUGCCUUAGAGUGUGCAAUUACUUUGUGUUGUUUGUAUUCCCCGGCAACGGCAAGCGAGAGAAAGCGGAAAAUCAUGUCAUGCGAGGACGUGGUGGAUAUGUCGAAUUCCGUACCUAUAUCAAAUAGGUUCGAUCAUUUGUAUGAGAGACUGUCUUAUUUCGGUCUCCCCGAGCAUGUUCCAAAAUUUAAAAAGAAUCUUCAUUUAUGCAUGUGCCAGCAAGGCCAAGCUGCUACGCAUCUAUCGAGCACCCCGGGCACUGAUGUGAAUGCUCAGCUGGAGAGAGCUUUGGAAUACACUGGCAUGUUCACUCUCCAUGCAGAGCUCAAGGAUCGAAUAUCCUUUGAAAGAUGGAUGGCGGCUGUGAGUAAUUUUGAGAUUCCUAACGAUUCUCCUGAAUUCAACAGCGGCCUCCAAGGGUGUUGGAGAAUAUUAAAAAUGGAAUUCAAACUGAUGUCUAUGAAUAUGAUGAGGUUUAUGGGAUGUUGGUCCAUUAUGGUCUUUCGCUAUUUAUUAAUGAAUUGAAACAUCGGAUUUCAUUUCGGACGAAUUAUCUCGAGACUCAUCCUCAAUGGGCCGGAGUUGUUGAAAGCUCGCCUAUUUCUACGUUAAAGGUAUUGCGAUACAACGGACUUCACGAGCUACUGAAAUGUCUAGAGUCUCAAAUCGCCCUUAGUAAUACAUGUGGCCGGAGAGAUGUUCCAAUUCAGCCUCACAAAUGUCGGAGACUUGAGACGUCGCGGGAGUUUAGAGGCAUCGGAACUGUGACGUCACCUCUUCCUCUCAAUCGCAUGAUAGGAGCAUUCAACUUGUUAAGUUUUCACGGACCGUAUCCAUCAAAUCCACGUCCAUCGGCUCUUGCUUUAGUCGCCCCACAUACUGCUGGAGACCACAGUGAAUAUAUUGAUGCUGAUGAAGACCAUGGUGAACAUGUUGCUGGUGGUGGAGUUCCAAUCCAACUUGCUGCUGUUCCGACGAAACCGGCUGCUGCUUGUGGAAACAUUACUUUUGGGUAGGUAAGGAAAAGUUUACAUAGCUCGAUUUCUUAAAAUUUGUAUAAAAAAUAAAAUGCGUUUUAGAAUGGAAGGAAGGGAAUUCCUCAAUAGCAAGACAUUUAUUUCUAGAUUACGAGUGUUUAAACGAUUCAACGACUUGAAUAAAUAAAUAAAAUAAUUAUAAAAUUAUGUGUAUUAAAUUAUUAA